AUGAAGGUCACUGCUCUCCUCACCGUCGCCGCCUUGGUCGUGGCUCCCGUUGUUGCCCAGUCUAGUGCUCCAAACGGCAUCAUCAGCACCACCCGAGCUGGUGGCGCGUCAGUCACUGGCGGUGCAUCGGCCACUGGCAGUGCAUCAGUCACUGGCAGCGCAUCGGCCACUGCAAGCGCAUCCGUCACCGGCAGUAACACCUCCCGUGCCUCUGGUUCCGGCUCUGCCUCUUCUCAAGCAGUAAACAGCAGCCCUGCCGGCAGCAGCCGUGCCUUAACCCCCAGUGGCUCCGCCGCCUCCUCAGCCGUGUCUAGGGCUACUGCUGCCGCUUCUUCCGCUGCCUCUGCUGUUUCAUCUGCCGUUUCUAGAGCCACCGCUGCUGCCUCAUCUGUCGCCUCAGCAGCUUCUUCUGGGGCCACCGCUGCCGCCACCCCCACCAGCAGGGCUGCCGCUCCCACCAUGGAUGCCCAGCGAUAUGGCGUCAUGGGUCUCGCCGCCGUUGCUGCCGCCAUGGCCCUGUAA